AUGCACAAGACAUACCUCAAGUAUGCCUCCGUUGGCGCCGUCCCACCUGCCGAUGUCGUUUCUGCCGCCGCCGCUGCUUCGCAGAGCGGUUCAGUUGCGGCCAACCCAGAGCAAUUCGAUCAGGCCUACCUCUGCCCGGUCACUGUUGGCGGCAAGACCCUCAACCUCGAUUUUGACACUGGAUCCGCAGAUUUGUGGGUAUUCUCCACUCUCAUGCCUUCAAGCGAGCAGUCUGGACAUGCUGUAUACAACCCAAGCACAUCUGGCAAGAAGCUCAACGGCUACACCUGGAAUAUCACCUACGGUGAUGGCUCUGGUGCCAGCGGAACUGUCUACGCCGAUAAGGUCGUCGUGGGCGGUGUGACGGCAACUGCCCAAGCCGUUGAAGCCGCUACCUCGGUGUCAUCACAAUUCACCCAAGAUACCGACAAUGACGGCCUUCUCGGUCUCGCUUUCUCCAGUAUCAACACUGUAGAGCCACAACAGCAAAAUACUUUCUUCGACACUGUUAAGAGCUCCCUGGCCAAGCAAUUGUUCACUUGCGAUCUGAAGAAGGGCCAAGCCGGUUCCUACGACUUUGGGUACAUUGACAGCUCCAAGUACACUGGCAGCAUCGUCUACACUUCUGUCGACAACUCGCAAGGAUUCUGGGGUUUCACCGCUGGCGGAUACAGUGUCGGAUCAGGCAACGCCACUUCUGGCAGCAUCGGUUCAUCUAUCGCUGACACCGGCACCACCCUUCUGUACCUCCCAUCCAAGGUUGUCUCUGCCUACUACGCCAAGGUCUCUGGUGCCAAGUACAACAACCGACAAGGUGGAUACACUGCUCCAUGCCACCAGAACUGGCCAGCAUUCAACGUUGCGAUCGGUGGCAAGACCUUCGUCGUUCCAGGUAGCUACAUCAACUACGCCCCAAUCGACAACUCUGGCACCACUUGCUUCGGUGGUAUUCAGUCCAAUUCCGGUAUUGGCUUCACAAUUUUUGGCGACAUCUUCCUCAAGAGCGUCUUCGUCGUCUUUGACGAGACUACUGGAUCGCCACGUCUCGGCUUUGCCGGACAAUAG